AUGCUCUGCUUGUGUGCCAGGCCCAGCUUCCGUCGCCUCACUCCGCUAAGCACCGCCCUCCGCAGCGGGAGUAGCAUUGCAGGCUUUGUUCUGAGGAGCCGACCCACCCAGAGAAGAUCAGCUCCUAGCAGCCGCCCCUCUCUUUCUGGGGCUGGUGGCCAGAGCCCUACUUGCCCUGGGUGCGCCUUAGGAAGGCCCGUCUUCCAGAGCAGCUCAAGCUCUUCUGAUCCUGAGGUCCCAAGCCUGCCCUCCCAGCCGCGUUGGCAUGCAGUCCGUAUGCGUGCCUCCUCACCCUCACCUCCUGGUCGGUACUUUCCUUUCCCUGGGCGGUAUGGUGCAAGGUCCUCGUCCUCGUCCUCGUCCUCCCUUAGGCGUGCCUUGCUGCUGGAGUUUGAUGCCCUGAGCUCUGUCUCUCCAUGAGAGCAGGCCGACAUAGGGAGCAUCCCUUAG